AUGACUUCCCUUUCUCCGAUGAAGGUGUAUAUUGAGGCCCUGAACAAUACAGGAGGGCCCCUCACCAACCGUACUAGACAAAACGUCGCAUUGCAGAAUCUCUACGCUGACUUAUGGCUCAAGCAAUCGACGCCGGUUUUAGUUGUCUUUAUUUUGUCGUAUCUUUUGAUCUUCCUGCUGUGUUUGAUCGGGAACAUGAUGGUAUGCUUCGCGAUCCUGAGGAUCCCCCGUAUGCGAACUGUAACCAACUACUUCCUGAUGAAUCUGGCCGUCAGCGACUUACUAGUCGCCUUCUUCUGUAUACCCUUCACCCUGGUGGAUAACAUCCUUCUCGGUUGGCAGUUUGGGGACGUGAUGUGCAGGCUAACACCGGCCGUGCAGGUGGUCUCCGUCGCCGCCUCCAUCUUCACGCUAGUUGCGGUUGCCAUUGACAGAUUCUACUCCGUGGUGUACCCCACCGAACCCAAGCUGACUGGAAAGAGCAUGCUAAAGAUCCUGGUUGCCGUCUGGGUCUUCGCGCUGGUCUUCAGCGUACCGCAAACAUUGCUCAUGGAAGACAAGCACGAAUCAUUCGAAGGUGAACUCUUCCUUCACACCUGCAAAGAGAACGCACCCGAUUGGCGCCAAGCUUACACGGUCUGCUUGUUUCUGUUCUGUUAUGUUGGACCUUUGGGAGUUGUUGUUUUCCUCUAUGCUCGUAUUGGCUAUGCCGUUUGGUCCAAGCCUACUCCAGGCGGAGACACGGCUCCGAAUGAAGUCAAGCAAGUGUCUCUGAAGAAGAAGUUAAAAGUUAUCAAAAUGCUUUUGAUUGUUGUAGUGAUGUUUGCAUUCCUGUGGCUCCCCCUCCACACGAUAUUCAUGCUGUAUGAUUUUGGCAAUCUGGACAAGCAGCAACGUGAUAUGGUGGAUGUUUACAUCUACCCUGUCGCGCACUGGAUGUCGUAUCUCAGUAGUUCGUUAAACCCGAUCAUUUACGGAUAUUAUAAUGAGAAUUUCCGCACGGCCUAUAAGUCCAUGUGUAAUUCAGACGUGUCGAUACGAGUGCAUGAUUUGGGUACGCGAUCGCCUCGUUCUUGUCGUAGUCAUGGGGGAGAAGAGCAGGUAGAAUUGAAGACGUUCACUGUGAUCGGGGACCGGCUGGCCCCACCGCCACGCCCGAUUCCACAACACUCCCCACGGGUCUCUAGCGCCGGGAGUACCCAACAAGUGACGGUCUCGGUUCAUCACUCGAGCGAUACUGAAGCUUAG